AUGAGUCAGUUAGAGUACUCGCCGCUGGAUGUGUGGGGCCAGCAAUCGCCCUUGGAUUCGUUGGAUAGUUCGCCGUCGAUGUCUUCGAUGUCGACGACGACGUUGGAUGUGCCGAGCGGGGUGACUGCGACCACGGUGACGAGGAGCAGUUCGUUUUCGGAGGCGAGCUAUAACAAUGAGCUGAGCAACCAGGCGAUCGAGUCGAUACGGCGGCAGCAGAACCAGAACAAGUUGAUACAUUUGGAUCCGAUUCCUGAUUUCAAGGGCAAGAACGAGAUCAAGCCGUGGCUGCAGAAGAUAUUUUAUCCGCAGGGGAUUGAGAUUGUGAUCGAGCGGUCGGAUAAGAUCAAGGUGGUGUUUAAAUGCAAGGCGUCGAAGCGUGGCAAGAAUGGGAGUAGUGGUGUUGGCUCUACCAAUACAGCUGCGUCGUCGUCGUCUGCUGGGGCUGGGGCGUUGGUUUCGCCUGUGGGUCUGGAGGAUGGCCAGCUUACGCCUAGUCAUCUGUCAGGUAGCAUGUCGUCGAUGUCGCCGAACACGUUGAGUUUGCAGAGGAAGAAGAAGCGGGCUGUGUCGCCGUACAACACAUGUCCAUUCCGUGUGCGAGCUGCUUACUCUUUGAAGAGAAAGAAGUGGAGUAUUGUGGUGGUGAAUAACGGCCAUUCGCACCCGUUAAAGUUUAAUGCUGACUCGGAGGAGUACAAAAAGUUCAAGAGUAAGUUACGCGAGAAUUGUGACUGGGAGGCCGUGAAGCGCUUUGACGAGCUUGAAUACCGUAGCAAGUUUAACUUGCCCACCGAAUUCGUGCCGAUACCAUGUGACUGUGGUUUAACGCAGGAGAUUGAAUCGUUUAACGUUAUAUUACCCAGCACUAAUAUUUUGAGCGCCCCGGCGUCGGUCAUAGCUGAGAAGAAGAUACCAACUGUGAGUAAGCCCAAGAGUAGGAAGUUGGCGCAAAGAAAUAAGAAGACCCUGUUGCAUAGAGGGACAACAAAAUCGAAACUAGCUACAGCGAUUCAGUUAUCAGACAGAGGCUCGGAUGUUGGGUCCCAGCACUCGCUGAAGCAGGAAACAACCAAUUAUUCUUUAGCAAACUACUUAUUCCAGGACUCCUCGGAAAUUGACUUUACUGAAAUGUUCUUUAAGCCACUUCCCCACUUGAAGAACCACAGCGGUGGAGGAGCAGCAGGAGGAAGUGGCAGCGGAGCAGCGGCCAAAAACCGCGUGCGGCUGGUUUCUGCUGAACAGAUGGCACGAGAACGUGCUCCUCCGGAACCAACUCCUGAAGCAGAGGCGACCAAUGCACAUGAUGAACAAUGGAAGGAACUUGAAAGUCUUUUAGAUCAACAAACCCACCUGAAUCUGAACGAUCCUGACUCAUUUUCAACACCUGUGCUGCCUUCUCAGUUCUACUACGAAUCGCAGCAGUCGUCACAUUCCCAAGGAGAUGAAGUUGAGGCUUUAGUACAGACAUCUUUGGUAUCUGGUGGUUCAGCUACGCUGAAUUCGGUAUUCCAAUUACAUAACAACAAUCAUAACAAUCAGAAUAAAAACAACAACAGUAAAAACAACCAAAACGGCAACAACAACAGUAUGAAUAAUAAUAAUGAUAAUGAUAGUAAUAAUAAUGAUAUUAAAGAAAGGUAUCGAAGCCCAGGCCCAUCUGUUAGUGUAGAGGCGGCUCGCAGUGUUCCAGAUUCUUUUUGUACAUCAGCUACCAUUACUGCUGUAGAUAGUUUGACCUUUGAAAUGCAUGCUCUAAACGCUAUCGAUGGACUGGUCAAACGUGAGUUUGGUGUUGGCGACCAUGAUUUUUCGAAUUCAGACAACGGUAUUAUUUCUCCACAACUCCAAUCAGAUACUCAACCGGAAGUUCAUGAUGAAAUGUAUCUCUGGGAGGACCAGCAGAAAUAUUUUAAUUGA